AUGUGGGUUGAUGUCCGGCCGACCACCUCGCUGGGCCCCGCUCGAGCAGCCUCGACCAGGCCUCUGCUCCGCCGCAGCACGGCGCCGCCCUCGCCCAAGACGCCUCCGCUCGGCCCCACUUCCCCUGCACGCACAGCAGCGCAGCACACCGUCGCCAGGGCCCAAUCCCACGCCGCCGCUUGCGCCUUGCCGCUCCCUGGCCCAUCCCGCGCUGCACGCGCACGCCUGCACAAGCCGCACUCCACCCCGGCUCGGCCGCAGCUGCUCGCCUACAUCCUCGCCGCCAGCGCUCCACCUUGCCGGCCCCGCUCAUCCAAACCGUGCGCGCGACCCAAGCCCAUGCCAAUCAACCACGCCGUGCGCGCGCUAUCUCCCCUUGCCCCGGCCGCCACGCGCACGACAACCAAGCCAAGAAGCUCCACACGGGCUAGCUCCUGCUCCCCGUGA